CACUUCUUGCAGCAGCAACAGAAGACCAUCAUCGCAUCUACAGUGAAGUCAGGAUGAAGACCACGGUGGGACUGCUGCUUCUGCUGCUCACAGUUUAUUACUGCGCUGCCACCAAUCAAGGAGUGAGUGAAACAUCUCCUGGAGAAUGCUGUUUCAAUUUCUUCACAGGAAGGAUACCUGCAAAGAAAAUUGUCUCUGUCACCAAGACUCACAGCGGCUGUCUUGAAAAAGCAUUUGUGAUCCACACAGCUGCAGGGAAGAGAGUCUGUGUGAGCCAGAGUGCCACCUGGGCUCAGGAGUCUUUUGACCAGCAGCAGAUCAGUGAUGAAUGAUGAUCUUCAGAGUUCAUGAUCAACAACAAUAAAGCUCUGUUAUGUUAAUCUGUGCUAACAGCAUUUUUUUUAUGACUGUAUUUUCUAAGAUGCUUUGCAAAGCAUAAAUAAACCCACACUCUUGUUUUGCUUUAGAU